AUGACAUCAAAAGAACAAAUAAAGACGCAAAAUAAUGUCUCUGAGGAAUUGAAAGGAAACAAUUUAUUUAUAGAAGAAAAUUUGGAUGAGUGGCGGCGAAAAAAAGAAGAACGAAAACCAUUAUGGACUUUAAAACAAAAAAAAGAAGAAUCAACUUAUGUUUAUGUUCCGUCUGUUAAAGUGUCCUUAGAACCUUCUAUUUUUUCUUCUAUAUACGCAACAGAUGGUUUUAUAACACCGUGUCGACAAAAAGAAAUAUUAAUAUUAAAAGAUGGGAAAAACAAAGAUAAAAUAAAAAUGCAACCUCAAAGUGCACCUGCAAAAAUAAAUAAAUCAUUUCAUGAAAAAUUCGAUAUUUAUUAUGAUGAAGAAACAUAUAUCGAAAUACCUGAAACAAAAACAAAUAUUGAAAUAUUUUCAUUAGAGAUGAACAAAGAAAACAUGUCUCCUAUGAAAUCCAAAUGGCUUUCAAGAAGAAAAAAGUAUCGUCUUUAA